AUGGCUGGCUGGAACCCCAAGCGAUUUGAGGAUGUGGCCCUCGCGCCCAACGGCAUCGACACUGCUUUCGGUGUACCGGAUACGAAUCUCAGUGGACUGUUGACCUAUUUUUCCGCCACAAAGCCCGUCUCACAACAUAUCGUCACUGCCAGUGAGGGGGCCGCAGUUGGGCUUGCCGCUGGCUACCAUUUGUCGACCGGUCGUGUUGCAAUGGUGUAUAUGCAAAACUCGGGAUUAGCCAACGCGCUCAACCCAUUACAGUCCAUUGCUGCAAAAGAGGUGUUUGGAAUCCCUAUGCUACUGUUGAUUGGAUGGCGUGGUAAAACUGCUGAAGAGGAGGAGCUGCAGGAUGCUCUCGUCGGACCCCGUAUGAAGGCAAAUUUGGAGGCUAACGACAUUCCUUAUGAGGAAAUUCCAACUUGCAUACACCGCACAAGGGAUCUCAUCUCGCGUCUAAUUGCGAGGUCUAUUCUGGAGAAAACGCCCGUUGCUCUGAUUGCGCCCCGUGAUACAUUCGCAGAGUAUGAAUCCAACGAGGCGACCAAGUUUCCUCCUGCUAUUACAGUCAGUUAUCCCAGGAUUGAGGAAUGGGUCUCAUCGGCUCCAUCGCAGCUCCCCCUUUCUCGCGAAGGUGCCAUUCGCGGGUUGAUCGGCCAGAUGGCAAAAGGCGACGUGUCAGUCUCGUCACUUGGUGGUAAUAGCCGCGAGUUCUACAUGAUCCGGAAGACGAUGAAAGAAUCCAUUGCACGAAACUUCUUCUGCAUCGGAGCCAUGGGCCAUGUCUAUGCCCUUAGCGUUGGUGUGAGCAUGGGAUUUUCCUCCGGUCGGGUCUUUUGCAUCGAUGGAGAAGGAUCUUUCCUGAUGCAUGUCGGAAACAAUGCCAUUUUAGCUGGCUUGUCGCCACCAAACCUCAUUCACAUUGUAAUUUACAACGGAGUUUAUGCAUCGACGGGAAACCAUCCUGUGACCAUAAGCAGAGAGAACUUGGUUUCUUUGGCACGAGGACUGCCGUAUGAGCAGAAAUACUUUGUUGACGAUUUGGAAGGCUUGGAAAAAGCCUGUAAAGCUUCCAAGAAGAGCACGCUGAUCAUUGUCGCGGUGAAUCAAACCGCCCAAAGCGGUCUUCCAUCGCCCUCUGAGUCUCUACAUGAACUGAAAGGCUUGUUCAUGAAGAGUUUGCUGUGA